AUGUUUGGAGAGUCUAGUCAUUCUGAGACAGUGCAACUUCCUAAAUGGAGGCGCCUGUGCGCGCAGAAACAAAAAUCACUGCAUGAUUCAGUCCCAAGUGAUUGGUUCAUCCCCAGACUGCCUCUACAAGGACACCCAAACGUCCUUGACGUGCCGGAAAAGUGCGGUCUGCUCACGGAAAGAGAGUUAAUGAUUACGGAAACCACCGACGUGGGCCUGAUUCUUGCAAAGCUUCGUGCGGCGGAAUGGAGCAGUGUCGAGACGACGACAGCGUUCUACAAACGCGCGGUGCUUGCUCAUCAGCUUACGAACUGUCUUACUGAGAUAUUCGUGGACAGUGCUUUAGAGAGGGCGCGGCACCUCGAUGAUGUUCUGAGGAACACGGGAAAACCUGUGGGACCUCUCCAUGGUCUUCCAGUGUCGCUGAAAGAUCAAUUCACAAUGAAAGGACUCGAGACAGUAAUGGGAUACGUAUCUGGCAUCGGAAAAUACGCCGACAAGGAUAGUGUCAUAGUUGAAAUACUGUACCGUUGCGGGGCCGUUCCGUUUGUACGGACAAAUGUUCCCCAAACUUUAAUGUGGGGUGAAACGUUUAAUAAUGUAUUUGGCAGAACAUUGAAUCCGUACAAUCGCUCUUUGACUCCAGGAGGAUCAUCAGGGGGAGAGGGAGCGCUACUGGCCAUGAAGGGUAGCCCUCUCGGAGUAGGAACAGAUAUCGGCGGCUCACUCCGCAUUCCAUCUGCAUUCUGCGGUCUGUAUACCCUUCGACCUUCUUACGCCAGACUGCCCUACUAUGGCGCUGCGAAUGCGCUCAACGGACAAGAAUCCAUAUCCUCUGUGCUCGGUCCCAUGGCAAACUCACUGUCUGGCCUCAAGGAAUUCAUGACUGCUAUCAUAGGAGCCAAGCCAUGGGACCUUGAUCCUGUCAAUAUCCGGAAGCCAUGGAACGAAGAAGAGUGGAAUUUGAGCGAGCAUGGUGGCAUCGGGGGCCACCUAUGCUUUGCUAUUAUGUGGGACAACGGUGUCGUCAGACCACACCCACCGUUGAUCAGGGCGAUGCAAAUGACCAAGGAAGCGCUGGAGAAGGCUGGACAUCGUGUUAUCGAUUGGGAGUGCCACAGGCAUAUUGAAAUUUACAAAAAUGCGGAAACCAUCUUCGUAGCGGAUGGAAGCCACGACUACAUGACUGAAUGUGAAAAGUCUGGCGAACCUCUCAUUCGCACAAUGGUGCCUUCAGAAGAUGAAGAGGCGGCGGUGGGGUACGAGUUUGAACCGCCAUACCCAUUCGUCAAAGCGCUUGUAGGAGAUUCACCAGAACACCUUAAAGCAUAUGAGCUUUGGAAACUGCACGAAGAGAAGCGCGAAUUGCGAAAAUCCCAUCUAGACCACUGGCAAAGUACUGUCAGCCGAACAGGUACAGGACGUCCUGUCGACGCCAUCAUUUCCCCGGCAGUGGCAUACACCGCGGUUCCUCACGGUUUGAACACAGAUUCCUUCUAUACGACACUGUGUAAUGCUAUGGACUACACCACAUCAGUUUUCCCUGUUACUAGGGUCGAUCCCAAAGUGGACAUACCGAAAGAACCUCACGAGUUUUAUAACCAUGAAGAUGAGGCUAUUUACAAACUAUACCGAACGGAUCUUUUUGACGGUUGUCCCGUUGGACUUCAACUCAUUGGAAAAACUCUGGAGGAGGAAGCUGUGAUGAGAAUGACUUUCAUUGUUGAUGACGCUCUCAAGCAGUCAAUAGUGGGAUGA